CGUUUUGCUUCAGGACCCCCCCCUCGGAUGCUCUGAGCCACCCUCCUCAACCCGGAUCUAAAACCUGGGACAGAGCUAUCAGGCCAGCCUCUCUCUCCACCCCACCCCCUCUUUCUGGCGUCCAUCCCCUCCCCAACCCCACCUCUGCUGCUGCCUCUGGCUGUGGACCUACACCUCUUCCCCAUCCCCAGCAGGCCUGGGGAGCAGGGUGAGCCUGGAUGAGAGCUCCCCCAACCUGGGGCUCUCCCAGGCCAUGGCCCAAGUGCUCCCAGGGAGGAGCCCCGGACCCUGAGCAUCUGCUAGAGGCUUGGCAGAGGCCCCGUGGGGACCGUGUCUUCUGAGGACAAAAGGCGGCGGCCAGCAGGCAGACAGGGAGGGGGAAGGGGGGGACCGGCAGCCAGGCGGGCAGACGGGUAGCAGGGACCAGUGCUGGCCCCCCUCCCAGUUUGGCGGUGGCAUGAAGAUGGGGGUGGGAGUGUAUAGUUGGGGAAGCACCUGCCGGGACCCUCACCUGCCAGCUAGCUGGGCACCCCAAGGCUAUGUGCUGCCCACCUGGUGUUCCCCAACACCCACAGCCCUGCCCAGUGCACCCCUCCGGUGCUUGCUUCCUCUGAUGUCUGCGAUUUAGACCAGCCCGGCUGUAUCCACGGCAACAGAAGCAGGAGUGUCACUGGCGGCCAGAUCACUUGAGGGUCCCACAAUGUGGCCUGGGCUGUGAUUUAUCCUAGGUGAGACAGCGUGAGCCCCUUCCCUGGAUUCCAAGACAGCCCUGCUGAGAGAGACCAGGCAGAGACCCAAGUUUUAUGUUCGGAAUAGCUACAAGAUCUCUUCUUCCAAGAGGAAGUCACCAUCAACAGGAAACUUCUUGCAUAAUUUAAAAAGUUUGAAGAACACAACUUUGGGCUUUGCAAAGGGAGAGAAGAACCACACCAACAUCCCUAUUCCACAGACCCACCAUUGGAGGAAACAGGUGCAGCCCAGCAGGACAACUGAUGGAGUCCCCCGGUGCCCAUCGAGUACCGGACUGGCUAACCCCAUAGGGUUGGGAGCAGCCUCUGCCCCUCAGUAUGGCCAACACCACUGGAGAGCCCGAGGAGGUGAGCGGCGCACUGUCUCCACCAUCAGCAUCGGCUUACGUGAAGCUGGUGCUGCUGGGACUGAUCAUGUGCGUGAGCCUGGCGGGCAACGCCAUCUUGUCCCUGCUGGUGCUCAAGGAGCGUGCUCUGCACAAGGCUCCUUACUACUUUUUGCUGGACCUGUGCCUGGCCGACGGCAUACGCUCUGCCGUCUGCUUCCCCUUUGUGCUAGCUUCUGUGCGCCACGGCUCCUCAUGGACCUUCAGUGCACUCAGCUGCAAGAUUGUGGCCUUUAUGGCCGUGCUCUUUUGCUUCCACGCGGCCUUCAUGCUGUUCUGCAUCAGCGUCACCCGCUACAUGGCCAUUGCCCACCACCGCUUCUACGCCAAGCGCAUGACACUCUGGACAUGUGCAGCUGUCAUCUGCAUGGCCUGGACCCUGUCUGUGGCCAUGGCCUUCCCACCUGUCUUCGACGUGGGCACCUACAAGUUUAUCCGUGAGGAGGACCAGUGCAUCUUUGAGCAUCGCUACUUCAAGGCCAAUGACACGCUGGGCUUCAUGCUUAUGUUGGCUGUGCUCAUGGCAGCCACACAUGCUGUCUAUGGCAAGCUGCUCCUAUUUGAGUAUCGUCACCGCAAGAUGAAGCCCGUUCAGAUGGUGCCAGCCAUCAGCCAGAACUGGACAUUCCAUGGCCCUGGUGCCACCGGCCAGGCUGCUGCCAACUGGAUCGCUGGCUUUGGCCGUGGGCCCAUGCCACCAACCCUGCUGGGUAUCCGGCAGAAUGGGCACGCAGCCAGCCGGCGGCUGCUGGGCAUGGACGAGGUCAAGGGUGAAAAGCAGCUGGGCCGUAUGUUCUACGCGAUCACACUGCUCUUUCUGCUCCUCUGGUCACCCUACAUUGUGGCCUGCUACUGGCGAGUGUUUGUGAAAGCCUGCGCCGUGCCCCACCGUUACCUGGCCACUGCUGUUUGGAUGAGCUUCGCCCAGGCUGCCGUCAACCCCAUCGUCUGCUUCCUGCUCAACAAGGACCUCAAGAAGUGCCUGAGGACUCACGCCCCCUGCUGGGGCACAGGAGGUGCCCCGGCUCCUAGAGAACCCUACUGUGUCAUGUGAAGCAGGCUGGUAGGCAGACAGGCAGGCAGAAGGUCAUGGCCACAGCGAUGCGGCCAACAGAAGGGGAGAGAUGGGACCCCAUACAGGAGCCUUUCUUUCUGAGCUCCAGCCCCAGCCCCUUGAACCACUCGGAAUGUAGGCACCUUUGCCAAUACCUCCCCAGGGUUGGGGACUGGGUGGGGACUGGGAAAGAGGCAUUUCUAGUCCUGUGAGGCCUGUCUCCACUGCCUCCUUCUCCACUUAUACAAUCUCUCUCCUUCUCUCUCUCUCUCUCUCACUCUCUCUCUUUUUUUUCUCUCUCUCUCUCUCUCAAUUCAGAAAAAAAAAAACAACAACUGAAAAUGCAGAUUUUUCUACUAAAAGCUGAGGAGACAGGCUUUCUUGCUUUAAUGUCUCUCCUCUGACAUUGUCCAGAAGGGGGAAAUUUGUCCUGUAAAAUAGAUUUCCAGAGCUCUUACUGUCCCCUCUGCUCCCACACACCCUCCCCCUUUCAAGUCCUUUAGCAAGGCCUGGAUGUUUAGGGAGAAAUUGCUCUGCUGACAAGAAGGACUGAAGGGGGUGCUGGGUCCCCAGGGAGCAAGGAAUGUUUAAUUGCUAUGUUGUGUGCAAUGUUGUUUUAGGCUAACCCUGAUCCCAAGCCCGGUCUCCUCUCCCUCCCCACCAUGUCCAGACCUCCCAAGUGUUUCUUGAGCAUCUGUUUGAGAAGCCAGGAGGGAAGGGAGAUGGGCCUCUGGGAUGGGCUCAAGUUAGGUGAAGAGCAAGAUGUGAGCUACACACCUUGCUCUGAAGAGACCCCAGCUUGGCUGCAUCCUCUCGAAUCCAGCUGCCUCCUGGAUCCCUAUCUCCCACCUCUCCUUCCUGAGGAUGGAAAUCCACUUCAACCCCACUGGAGUUGAUGUGGGUGCCAUGCAGAUAGGAGCAGCACCCUCCCUCCAUCAGCCCAGGGAAGCGUAGGGAGAAAGUUCAACUCCCCAGAGUGGCUGGAUCUCAAAGCCUGGGGUCAGAGAAGAAUUCAAUCCAGAAUUGUCUCCCGAGUUCAUGCUGCUCUCCUAAAGAUGAAAAUUCUUUGAGGGACUUGGUAAAUUAUGGUGGUAUAAGCUCCAAGGCACUAUAGACUUGAGUCCAUUCCUCUCUGACCUCUUUUUGCCCCCGUCAAGCCUCAGGGGCCUCAAGCUCCUCUGUGGUAGCCCUUGGUAGCCCCCAACUUCUUUACCCUGAACAGCCCUCCCCCUUUCCUUCCUCCACCAUAACUUCCACCCCCAAGUGGAGCAGACUGCAGCCAGAUUCCCCGGUGGGAGAUCCCAAGCUUCCUUCCCAGGGCAUAGUCCACUCCGGGCUCACAUCAAGACUGGUUCUUUUGGACAGUUGAGCCAAGUUGGCAUUUCUUUGCCUGGUCUUGCCCAGGUUCUCUGUCCCCCUCUCAUUUCCUGAGGGAGGGGGAGAUCUGUAUUUACCCCCUUUCCCUUCCCCAUAGAAGCCCUUGUCCCAAGCUCCCUCCCUACCCCAAGACAGCCCCAGAACUGGGCAAGCCUUGACCCAAGGGCAAUGGGGAAGGCACUCUAGGCAUUAAUGAGCCUGGCUGUGGAGUGGUCCUGGAAAGGCAGGCCAGAGUGGCUGAGAGGCUUGGGUUGCCGGGGGUACCUAUUCUCUCAGUGAUGGUGAUGGGGGUGCCUUUCCCAGGGGGUGGGAUGGGGGGACCACAGGGGUGGGGGUAGAUAGGGAACAUGCAGGAGGGUUUUCCUCCAUUUCUUUUUUCUAACUGCCUGGAUUCACCAUUGGAUUUUGUAAAUGGAAAACUGAAAUGAACAAUGCUAUAUUGGAUGUUUUCUCUUUCUGACUGUGUGUGUGUGUCCUGUCUGUGUGACCACAUACGGGGAGGUAUGGUCAAGUGAGACAGUGUGUGUCUGUGUGACUUUGUUGGGGAUGGGCAGCCCUGCCUGGUGCACACAUGUGAGCAAAUGCCUGUAUGUGGAGACAUAUAUGGCACAGGGGCGUGCGCGCGCGCGCACACACACACACACACGUGCGCACCUGAGAGGAGACAAAAUAGAGUAUGUGCCUGCAGCAGGAAGUAGAGUGAUCGGAGAGAUGGAACUUGAAAACUGUACUUGAAAAUGGUACGUAUAUACGUAGCAAGAGGAUAGACUCCCAUCUCAUAAGAUCUCCCUCCCUUGGUCCAGGCUCUGAGCAAGCAGGAUACUUGAGAACCCCAUCUCUCCCCACGUACCACUUCUAACUCCUGUAUCAGUCUCCUCUCUAAAACCCAGAUAAUGUGUUCCUGAAACUGGACCACCAUGGAGAAUAGGGACGGGAAUUGGGGAUCAAACUUGGGGGGAACUGUUGGGGUUAGGAAAUGCCCCCCCCACAUGCAAAGUAAUGGCUUCUGGAGGGACUGCCCCGUCUGGGAUUGGAGCCCUUCCAAAGGAUCCAAUGUGUACAGCUGGGGUUUGGGGUAAGCUUUGACUAAAUUCAAAGGGAGGGAGGUCACAGGGAAAAAAAAAAAACAAAAAAAACCAAGCCUAUAA